AUGAGUCCUUUAAAUGUUCUAGUUCUGACGGUGGAGCAAAAAGCAAGAAUGAUUCAAGAUCUCAAGGUGACUAACAAAGGAUUCAUUGAUGAGGAUUAUAAGAAUGUAUUCUCGGAUCUGCCAGUAGUUGUGAGGAAGCGUGUUAGAGCCUUGAGGACUAUACAGACUGAACAUGACAAAUUGGCGGAUAAAUAUUUUGAGGAGAAGGAAACACUUGAAAAAAAAUACCAAGAGUUGUUUAAACCUCUUUAUGAUGAGCGUUAUAAUAUCGUCAAUGGGAUAAUUGAAAUCGAAAAGGUUAUAAAAAUGUCUCUCAAAGAAGGUGGAGAGACUAUAGAAGUGACAGGAGUUCCUAAUUUUUGGGUCAACGCUAUGAAAGCAAAUGAAACUAUAUCAAAAGUGAUUAUGAAGCAAGAUGAAGAAGUUUUGAAAUAUUUGAAGGACAUAAGAUGGUCUAGAGUUGAUGAUCUCAAAGCCUUUAAGCUUGAUUUCUUCUUCGCUGAAAAUCCUCAUUUCAAGAAUUAUGUCUUGAGCAAGACAUACAUUUUGGAUGAAGAUGAAUUUUAUUUCAACAAAGCAACUGGGACUGAGAUUGAAUGGUAUGCAGAAAAAUGUUUGACAAAUCAAACAGAAAGCUUCUUCAAGUUCUUCAGUCCUCCAGUGCCCGUGGAAGAUGAAAUACUCACUGAAGAAUCCCUAAUUGUGUCGAAAUUCGAUUAUGAGAUUGGAUCCAUAAUUAGAGACAAAAUCAUCCCUAAUACUGUGGGGUGGUUCACCGAAGAAGCCAAAACAGGGGAUUUUGAGGACACUGACGACAAUGAUUCUGACGAUGAUUCUUUUACGUUAGAUGACGAUGAUGAGUAUGACGAUGAUGAGUAUGAUGAGGUUGACGUUGAUUUUGACAUUGACAUUGACAUUGACAUUGACGAAUAUUUUAUCUGA